CAUUUCCAUCCCCUUCUCCCUCUCCUUCUCCCCUCCCCUUGUGCUGUCAAGAAACAAAUUCCUUGAAAUUUUCUCCUCCAAAUCAAAUCUAAUUUGCCUGAAAGACGUAUAAAAAAGACCCCAACAAAAAGCACAUAUUUUCUUUUUUUCCCUUUGUCAAAAUUUUUUUUGCUUUUUAAAGCUCACCCCAUAUAAUUCCCACUCAUUAUCUUUGUUGCUUAAAGCUCCCUUAUCCUCCCCCCAACUCCCUUUCUCUUUCCCUUUCUCUUUCUCUCUCCAUUGUUGAACCAACACAUCAGAGAAUGUGAAGAGAAUUCCAGGCAACAAGUUUAUUCAAAGAGGGAGAAAUUUAGAGAGGAAAAAAAAAAAUUUUAAGAGUAUAUGUAAUUAGUACUUCCCUACUACUAUCGUUUAUUCUUUUUUUUAGUGUGAAUAAGUGAGUAGUAAGUCCAACAAGGAAUUUAAUUGGAGGAUCUACCAGUACCACCUAGUCUAAGUCUAAUACUUCCUACAGCUAAUAUUCUUUCCUCAUAAAAAUCAAGAACUUCUCUCAAACAAAAGAGGGCUUGGAUAGACUGAGUGAAAAAGGAGAGAAAGAAGUCAAGAAGUCUUCUCAUGUGAUCAUGGAAGGAGGCGAUGAUCAUCAUCUCCACCACCACCACCACCACCGCCCAAACUUCCCAUUCCAAUUACUCGAAAAGAAAGAAGACGAAUCAGCCUCCUGCUCCAGCUCCGGCGCCGCGGCCUUCCCAUCUCUAGCCAUCUCCUCAGCCGAUAACACCAGCCAAAACCCUUCAAGAUCAACCUCUUCGAGCUUACAAAUCUCAGCUGACCCGUCCAAGAAGGUGCCACCGAAACGAACUUCGACUAAAGAUCGCCACACCAAGGUUGACGGACGCGGGAGACGUAUCCGCAUGCCAGCGCUUUGCGCUGCUAGGGUUUUUCAGCUAACGAGAGAAUUAGGCCACAAGUCCGAUGGCGAAACGAUUGAGUGGCUCCUACAACAGGCCGAGCCCGCCGUGAUUGCCGCCACCGGAACCGGUACAAUCCCUGCAAACUUUACCUCCUUAAACAUCUCGUUACGCAGUUCUGGCUCCAGCAUGUCCGUACCAUCCCAGCUGCGAUCCUCGUACUUCAGUCCGAAUUUUUCGAUGCCACCGAGGAGAAGCCUCUUUCAGGGCAUUGGGCUAUCGACCGACAAUUCUCCGUCUACAACAACGUUGUUGAACUUCCAAUCUGGCAAUAUAAACCCUAGUGGUAUGCUCCAGGCGAAGCAGGAGUUGAGAGAAAACAACACCCACAAUACCCUAGAUUUGAGUGAUGCAGCUGCAGCAGCAGCAGCUGGAGAAGAGAGCCCUCUUGCCAGAAAAAGAAGAAACGACCAAGAACUCCAACACCAUCAGCAGCAAAAUAUCGGGAACUAUUUGUUACAGUCCAGUACGGGGGCGAUGCCGGCCAGCCACGCGUCGAUUCCGGCCAACUUUUGGAUGGUUCAGGCGAAUUCGAGUAAUCAGGUUAUGGGAGGCCAUGACCCGAUAUGGACAUUUCCAAAUGUUAAUAAUAGUGCCGCUGCAGCCGCUGCUUUGUAUAGAGGGAGUAUGUCUAGUGGGUUGCAUUUUAUGAAUUUUCCUACCCCGGUGGCACUAUUGCCUAGUCAACAACUAGGUACGAGUAGUAUUGGUCCAACCGGUGGCAGUGGUGGUGGCGGCGGCAAUGGUGGUUUAGCGGAAGCUCAAUUGGGAAUGCUGUCGGGGCUAAAUCCAUACCGCUCCAGUGGUGGCGGGGUGUCGGAAUCGCCGGCUAGCGGGUCCCACUCGCAGCACCACGGCGAUGAUCGGCAUGACACCACAAGUCACCAUUCAUGAGGAUGAAAUGAGAAGGAAUUGAAAAUCAUCAAUUAUCAUUACUCGUCGGUCGUCAUCCCCACUUGUGUGUAGUUUGAUUUGUAACACACGUGAGGUUUGAUUUGCUCCAGAGAAAAAAAAAAAAAAAAAAAAAACUGGAAUUUUUUGUUUUCUUUGCUUUUUGAGAUUCUCUAAUUUUCUUCUUCUUUUUCUUUUCCCUCUUUUUGUGUGAUUAAAUAUGGGAGUUUUUAGUUUAGGGUUUGCAGAAGGCAAUAUUCUAACAGGUGGUAUUGGCUGGUUUUUUUUUGUCAAAAAGUGUCAUUUGGUUUUCAUUGCACAAUAUCUUAUUUAUGAUCAUUGUUUGUGCAAAUCUUCUUUUCUGCCACCAAUAGAUACAUGUAAACGAAUGAAUUUCACUAACUGCAUAAAUGUCUUUUAAACAUUGUUAGUUGUGUGAACAAACUGGUAUCAAUAUUCACAUGGAGGAUAGUACUAACAUUCAUUCUUUAAUUUCCUCCUGAUAUCCUUCUUCACAAACAUUUAACUAGCACUCCAUGAAUUAAUUAGUACUGUAUCUUGACAUUUUCUUUGCGAUGAUUGUUUCAACACAUUAUCAAUUGCGAGUUAAGUUAAUGUAGUUGCAACAGACGGGGAAGGUAUACAUAUAGUCUUGAUCAUAAGCAUUCUUUCCUGAAAUCUUCUUGCAGCUUCAGAUGGUACAUUUUUAUGCCCUAACUAAGUUUCUUUCUAACAAUUUUAUUAGGGCGUCUUCACAUUCAGUUUGUGAAUAAAUUAAGUUACUAAUCUAUGUAGUUCUUUCCAAAAUCUUUGGAAAAGUAUGGUGAAUAAGUUAAGUUACCAUUCACAGUCAUUCUUUUCAAAAUUCUUGGUUCGACCGAAUUCGGUCGGCAACAAGGUAGCUACCUAGUUAGGUAACGGUCAUUUUUAUUUUAUUUUAUUUUUUCAAAACCAAGUUCGGAAAAAAAAAAGUUUAAUCUUGAAAAACCCUCCUCCCUAGCCCCAAAAAAGGAAAGAAAAUUAAAAAAAAAAAAAAAAAGAAGAAGAAGGUCCACAACCAUAUUGAUAUGUAGGAGUGGGGAAAUGAAAUGAAACAGGAGGGUUUACUAAAAUGUAGGAGCUUAAGAAACUGGUUUCAGUGAUUCUAAUAUCUGCCGUGAAUCUCUCAAGUAGUUUCCAAUUCCAUCAUGUAUGACGAAAGGAUUUUUUUUUUUUCUUUUUUGUGCAAGUGUGUAUCGGAGAGAUGGGCUCGGUUAACAGUUCUGGGGUGGGGGCCCAUACCUUAUCAGCUCCAGGUGUUGGCUCAGGUGGCGAGGCCCACAUGCUGGUAAUUGCCUAAACCAAUGUACAACCCUACGAUAUUAUCACAGACAAACAGGUGGAUCAUUCCUCUCUUUUACACACACAUAGCAGUGCUGGCACUGUAAAGAUCAGUGGUGGGUGUUUCUGGCCCUACUCCCCUUGGCCCACCAGCUCAUUGAUCUGGACCGUUCAAUAUUUUUUAAAUGUGGGCCCUCUGUCAUUGGGCUCCCUGAAUGAUUAGUUCUCAGCUAGGCAAAGCUAGCUAGAGAAAUGUGGAGAAUCUAAAUCUCACUUUUUUCCCUUUUUUUUUUGUUUUUAUCCCUGAUCCCCAUGUCAAUGUGUUUACCAAUGUUUCCCAAUCCCAUCAGAGAGAAUUUUUAGUUAGCAAAUGGAAUGGAGGAUCAUUCUUUUGUGUGGUUUA